AUGAUGAAGCUGUACAUUCUAGCCUUAUUUGCCGUUGUCGCACUCGGUAGCCCUCAGGGUUAUCCCUCGUUUGGUGGUCAGCUAUGGGAGAAUCCCACUCAGCAAAUCUGCGCUCAGUCGGGUGACUCUUGCAAUCCGAAUGCCUCGAAUUGUUGCCACGGUCACUGCUGUGAUCUUCCCUCUGGAAAUGGUGCUGUCUGUGGUGGAAAUUGUUGA